AGGAGUGGCAGGCUGCUGGUCGCUCUCUCGUUCACUGAUGCUUUCAAGCCUAAUCUCGACUGCAGAUGCAAAUAAUCUAAAAAACGUCCCGACCAAUUAUUUGCAUUUAAACAAAUAGAUAAAGGUCAUUUUGAAAAGCUGCCUCCUCACGGCUGCAGAGUGAGCUGGCCUCUUCCUCAGUCCCUGCCCUCCUGACAGCACGGUUAAAGCCCCUCUGUGGCAGCAUGCGGCGGCAUACUGAGACACAGUAGGCAAAUCCUGAGCAGCAGAGGGACAGCACAGAGGCCUGCGAGUGAGCGUGAGUGCGUCAGUCUUCAGCAGCAUCAUGGAAACAGAAUACUCCAAGAGGGUGUACCAGGGCGUCCGGGUCAAGCACACCGUCAAGGACCUGCUGGCGGAGAAGAGGUCCCGGCAGACCAACGGGCCCAGAUACAGCGGGACCACCUCCUCUCCGUCUUCAUUUGUCCAGAUGCCAGGGUCCCACAUGCUGCCAAGCUACUAUGGGAUGAGACGUCCCUUCAUAUCCGACUCGGACUUCUGCCACUCCACCAAGCAGUUCUCUCCAGACGUCUACUCCAGCACCCUCGGGGGGAAACCUCUUGGCUGCGAGCCAUCCACCAUGACCAGCUACUCCUCCCUCAUUGACAGCUACUACCCAGAAACCUUUGGGGACUACCGCAGUGCUGGAGGGUCCUUCCUACCUUCGUCAGCCAUAUCCUCGCUGCUGCCGUCGUUCGGGGGGGAGUCAUCACACCUAUUUCUGAGAGACUCGUGGGAGCAGUCGGCCCCGGAAGCCGUGUCCCAGGUGGAGCCGUUGUGCACGGAGGGUCUGACUUCUGUCGGGGUCCCGCCCGCCAUGCCCAGCCCAGAGCCGCCCAGCACCCCGCCCCAGUUCCGGCCCCCCAGCCGGGGCUCGUCCAUGGGCGCGGCCCCCAGCGGCCAGCCGUACACGCUGCACCCCCUCGAGGACGUGCACUACCACUCCCUGAGCAGCAGCAGCCCUUACCCUACGGCCUCCUCCUCCUUCCCCUGCCCCCCCUACAUGAGCAGCCCCGUCAGCGACCUGGUGUCCAAGAUGGUGGCAGAGGAGGACAGCCACGGCAACCUGCCCCCCAGCACUGACGGCCACCCCACCUGGCCCAAAGAGGAAGGGGUGAGCUCCUGGUCUCCCUAUGAGCUCAGAAGAGCCUACUGACUGAAGGGUGGGGGGUGGGGGGGUGAUAAUAGUCCCACAAUGAAGCAGCAUCAUGAAGUCUCUGUGCAGAGCUUGAAGUGGGGGUUCUCCGGUUUAUUUUUCCACUUUCUCAAACUGAAGUUUGCACUAGGAACGUAUUGACUGAGGGAGGGGGGCCGAUCUGUCCUGAAAUGACCCAUAGAUGAAGAAAAUAGGUCACUUUCACUCCAUGACCAGAGAAACCUGCAGCUCUUCAGCUCCUUUAGAAGCUGCUCUGAUGCACGGACCUGCAGCAGAGGAGGCUGGACCCCGAGGUCACAUGACCCCGAGGUCACAUGACCCUGCGGUUUCAUCUGGAACCAGAUUUUCAGCUCAACGGAUUUGCUCCCUUAAGACCAGGACUGACACGACCAAUAACCAACCAUAACCUUUCAAAGGUUCGCAGGAAAACCCCACCUGUCAGCUGUGGAACACACCCACCAAGGUCAAUUUGAGGAUAACCAUUGGAUGAUCUCAUGUCAGUCAAAAGACCACAACAAAACUUUUGGCUAUUUCAAUACUGACUAGAAAAGUUGCAUUACCUGUGAUUAUGUUAGUGUGAAUGCUUUUUGCUGAAAGUAGUCACUGAAGAUGCUAAAGCUUUUUGCUGAAAAUGGUGACGCAAUUGACUUUAAUUGCUGAAGAAAUUUGCUAAAAAUGCAAAAGCUUUUUGCAAAAUAUUAAAUUUUCUAAAACACUUGAAAUUUUGUUAAACUAUGAAAGUGUGAAGCUGAUCUAAAUUUCUACAAAAAAUUGCCCAAAAAUCCUUAAUCUGUGCCAAUUUUGUAAAAUAUGUUAAGUGUGUUUCUUAAAUAUAAGCUAAACUCCAAAUUAGCCCAAAAAACCUCAGUAGAUGCUAAAUUAGCCAAAAAAGCUAGCUUGUUGCUUAAAUACUAGCUCAACUCCACAAUAUCCUAAAAUUCCUCAGUAAACCAAAUUAGCCAGAAACGUUAGCCUGUUGCUAAAAUAGAAGCUAAUCUCCAAAUUAGCAUAAAAACCUCAGUAGAUAACAGAUUACCCUAACAUAACAGCUCAAUGCCAAUUUCUUUUGAAAAUCACUAUAAAAGAUGAAAACAUCGCCCAUGAAUAUAUUUAAAGUCUUGGUGUAAUCUACUUUAAAUUUGAAGACUUUCUCAUGUAUUUCCUAUGGCGCGUAUUUUGCUCAAUAUUUCAAAAACUAUAAAGUUUCUGAAUGCUGCAAAGCAUUGACAUGAUAAUAAAUUAAAUUGACUGCUCACUAAGACGGGGGCAGAGGGGCCAAAAAGAAAAAACAGGUUUAACAUCAGCACAUGUAACAUCCAUCAUCACCUCCACCUCACAGUCAAACACACCUGAGCAGCUUGUUAGCAUAGAGACAGGUGUUAGGUAAUGAAGGCCGAAGGAGCUCUGAAGAUGAUGAAGACUUUUUCUGGAACUGAAGGUCUUCGUUAACCUCCACCAAACCACCAGGAUGGAACUUUGACAUUCAGAAAUGCUGUCUGCCACCUGCUGCUGGACUUUCCCCACAGUGAAGCACGGUGGUGGGAGUAUACUCAAGUGUGUUGCUGCUUCGGACACAGAGAAGGAUGUUGGACCCUAAAGAUGGAGAUGCAAACACUUUGAGGAAUGAUGCAAGACUUCAGGUCUUCCAUCAAGAAAGAGAGUCUUUGUGUGGGGGGGCUGGAGCAUGUGACCUCUGGAGGGUGGUGGUGGGGGGGGGGUCUCAGAUCAGGCAGAACUUCAGCACCCUUUCAUUCCCCAGUCCCUGAGUUCAGGACCUCACCUUUGACCUCUCUCACUCCUAUCAAACAUGGACUUGAGAAGUGACUUGGACCUGACCUGCACCGUCCAGCCUGGACUGAUCCACCUGCAAACAGACUUUUCUCUGCUCACAGAGACUGUAGGCUGACGGAUGUUCUUCUGUGUGCAGAGCUGACGGUUGUUCGUAUGGUUUUCCCCUUUUUUUAUUAAUUAAAAAACAUUUAUGUAUCACCA